AUGUCUCACUUUAGACCGGGCGGGGUCCGGGCCGGAGCUUCCGGCGCUUACUUUUCUAUCACAGAUGAGAUGACCGGUGAUCACGAGAUGGUUCAGGAGGAUAUAGUAUUGAAAAAUAUUUCAGACACGCUGGACUCCGUGCCGCCUCUAUUUGACUUGGAGGACUGGGCGCGUUGUCGGCGUCCUGGUGAUGUGUACUGCGUAUUGGAGGCUGCCCUAGUCUCCGGGAAUGAGACGACGCUGCAACUGCUAAAGGAUUACUCCUCACAAUCGCUACGCCACUUCAACCGCACGCUAGUCCAUCGCGGCGUGUGCGCUACGCGCUGCGAGGCCGAGGGGCAGGCGGAGACCCGCGCGCGGAGCUGCGUCAAUGAGGGCCUGCGGCCUUACGGUGUACAGGAAUUGAUAUUAUUUGCUACGCCACUUCACGUGUGCGCCACGCGCAUUGACGUAUAUCUCAGGACUGGCCUUAUGGGCAUGAACAUUUUGUCCAUAUUUGUCCAGGCACAGUUCGACAACACCCGCUCCCUAUGUGUGUCAGCAAAACACUCAACUGGUGACGAUGCGCGGGCGCUGGCGGUAGUGCUACUUGCGCUGGUGGUGUUGGCUGCUCUGGCUACUGCGACGCAUAUUAUCACUGACCGGUUUGAUGUCAAAUGCCCCAGAUUCGUGGUCGCGUUUUCUCUGCGACGCAACUGGCAUAUCCUGACGUACGACCGCACGAAACCGCGCAGCGACCAGCGGAUGAAAGGCGUGGCUUGCAUGGAGGGUAUCAGAGUGAUGGGCAUGCAAUGUGUCAUCUUCGCGCACGUAUUGCUGCUGACAGGCACCUCAUUUAUCGACAACCCGCAAUUUCUCGAACAUAUUUACGAGACAUUCGCCGGACAAGCAGUAAUGAACUCCCCAGUGUGGCUGCAAGCGUUCUUCUGUCUCUCCGGAUUCCUGCUGUCCUACUCUACCCUCAUUGGCGUCGAGAGCAGCCCCUUCACUCCGCUGAAGGCCCUAGUUGCUGUUGUUAACAGAUGGAUAAGACUAACGCCAGUCGCAGGCAUCAUGCUCUGGUUCACCAUCAGCUGGCUCCCACAGUUAGGCUCCGGGCCUCUGUGGUCCUGGUACGUGGACAGCGAAGCUGAGGCCUGCAGCGAGCGCUGGUGGUACCACAUACUGUAUAUCCACAACCAUCUGCCAUUGAACAAACUCUGCAUGGGACACACUUGGUACCUAGCAGUAGACAUGCAGCUCCAUAUCCUCGGCAUGCUGUUACUGCUGGUGUUGGUGCGCUACCGGAGCGUGGCGCUGCCGAUCCUGGGGAUAUUGCUGGCGUGCUCGGCCGGCGCGGCUGGCUUCGUGGUCUACUGGUAUCAGCUGACGCCGAUCAUCACUGCGCAAAGUCCUGAAGACCUCCGUACUCUCUUCUCCAAAUCCUUGAUUCUGCCGAAGCUGUACCUGCCGAUGUGGAUGAACCUGGCGGGCUACGCGUGCGGAAUGGCGGCGGCGUUCGUGCUGUAUGAGAUCCAGAGGAAAGGCAUCAAGCUUAGAGACAGCAAGCUCUUCAACCUAAUCUUCCACCUGUCCCUACCCGUGGGCACAGUGGUCGUGUGGCUGGGUGUGUCGUUCCUCCGAGAAGAGACCCCACCACGGUGGGCCGCUAUCGCCUACAGCGCGCUCGACCGUCCGCUCGUCGCCAUCUGCUUCGCUAUCUUCAUGCUUGGCUGUGUCACUAAAUGCAAAUCGGCUCUACGCUCCAUGUUUGCGUGGAAAGGCUUCCAUACACUCGGGAGACUGUCCUACUGCGUGUUCCUCACGCACUUUGUCAUCCUACGAGUCCUGGUCACCAGUAACCCGCAGCUUGGUCACCCUACUACACUAUCUUUGAUAUCGCUGCUAAUAACUGCAUCUGUGUUGUCGCACCUGGCAGCUGUUCCUCUGUGUCUGCUGGCUGAGUUGCCGGCUAUAGAGCUGUUUAAGGCUUUCACGGAGAAGGAGCGGGUACCAGCGCCGGUGGACUUGGGCCUUGUGGUCACCAAACGGGCUGAGAUUGCUUGA